UCACGACUGUAUUUUUUUCAAAGUAAUUUCCAUUCGUAUGUACAUAUGUAAGAGUUAUCGUUUUUGCGUCAUUGAAAAAGUCUUCCAUAUUUUUGACACAUAAAAUAAAAGGAACACUUUGUAAAAAAUUAAGCAACCAGCUUGUAAUAAGUGUAGUGGCCAAAUAAAUGUUCGACAGAAAUAGGAGUCAGAACGUUUCAAACGAAGAAAGAUUUAACAGAAAGUAUUUUUAAGGUGUUCACGUAAAAUUAAUAAUUUUCAUCAAUUUAAAAAUUCAUCAGUUAAAUUAUUCAGUCGUCAAUAUGAUGUGUUUGAUUAUAUACAGAAUUUGCAGUUCAGUCAUUGAACUUCACCCAUAUACCGUUCGAGGGGUAGUUUACAUGUUACUAAUACUAAGUCUAGAUAUGCAGCCUACGCUAUUAUGCAAUGCCGAGAGAAAAAGGACAACAACGUCUUCAUUUUCAAGUGCGACGGAAGUACCAAUUAUUGAACUACAGUCAGAAGCACCCAAAUCUACGCGUACCCUGGCAUUUACAACUUCAACGGCUGUCGCUAAAAAGCAACAUUUAAAAAGUAUUGAUGGAAGCAAUGAGCGCUCUGGAACAGUUACCAGCUUAAAAAAAAAUAUUAAAAGCACUUCGCAUCCAAUUGGGAUUACAACGGUCACAUCGACUGCCAAGCCGUCAUCACAGGAAAUGGUCUCUGUAAAUUUACCUGGUGAUAUCAUACUUGGAGGACUUUUUCCUGUACAUGAAAAAGGUGAGGGUGCACCUUGUGGCCCGAAGAUUUAUAACCGUGGCGUGCAUCGUCUUGAAGCAAUGUUAUAUGCCAUUGACCGCGUUAAUAACGAUACCAGUUUAUUGCCUGAUAUUACGCUGGGGGUGCAUAUACUUGAUACCUGUUCCCGAGACACAUACGCCCUAAAUCAAUCUCUGCAGUUUGUGCGAUCAUCUUUAAACAAUCUGGAUACAUCGGCAUUCGAAUGCUCGGACGAUUCUAUGCCCCAUUUACGAAAGAACGCCUCUUCAGGUCCGGUAUUUGGCGUGAUUGGCGGGUCAUAUAGUUCCGUUUCUCUUCAGGUAGCCAACCUUCUCCGACUAUUUCAUAUUCCUCAAAUUUCUCCCGCAUCUACAGCUAAAACAUUAUCAGAUAAGACACGUUUCGAUUUGUUUGCGCGCACUGUCCCACCAGAUACAUUUCAGUCUGUAGCUCUCGUCGAUAUCAUAAAAUGCUUUAACUGGUCUUACGUGUCUACCAUACACUCAGAAGGCUCUUAUGGAGAAUAUGGCAUUGAAGCAUUUCAUAAAGAAGCUAGUGAACGCAAUGUUUGCAUUGCAGCUGCAGAAAAGGUACCCAGCGCAGCUGAUGACAAGAUAUUUGAUAUUAUUAUUUCGAAAUUACAAAAAAAACCUAGUGCUCGGGGGGUUGUAUUAUUCACAAGAGCCGAAGACGCCCGCCGUAUCUUGUUGGCAGCUAAGAGAGCUAACUUAACUCAUCCUUUCCAUUGGAUAGCAAGUGAUGGAUGGGGAAAACAGCAAAAACUUCUCGAUGGACUAGAAGAUAUAGCAGAGGGAGCUAUAACAGUAGAGUUACAAUCCGAAAUCAUUGAAGAUUUCGAUAGAUAUAUGAUGCAACUAACACCCCAAACAAACACGCGAAAUCCAUGGUUUGAGGAGUACUGGGAAUAUACAUUCAAUUGUGUCCUUCCAAAAAAUGUUAUGCAAUCAGAAGUACAACACCAAAAAAUCAGCAAUACAAUUAUUGAAAAUAAGUACUUUGCUUCUAACGACAACGACGACUUUCCAAUUUGGGAAAGCCAGGCAUCAAAUUCACGUGGGCAUAUUUGUGAUGAAAGAUUUCGACUGUCGGAGAAAGUUGGCCAUGGGCAAAAGCGCGCCAAUAAAGGCCCAUCAAGGUACAAGCUCUACCAGAGGUCUCUCGCUAUCCUUGGCUGGAUUCGCAAGAACGAGACCGAAGGUAAAGCUCAUCCCAAAGAUGAGGCUGACAAGGCAAGGUGUCAAAAGGUGGUGGACGAAUAUCUGGCAUUCCAAACCGCCCGAAAGACAGAGGCCAAAAAACGUAACCGUUCGCAAGAUGAAAACAAAAGGGCAUCAAAGAAGCACAAGAUCUCAGAUCAGGGCGCGGUUGUCCCCAAACUAACCAAACAGUUCAGUGAGGUGGCACGGGACCACCUUCAAAUGGCACUGGUGGACGAAACUUCCAACCGCGGCAAACCUGUGCUUGAAAAAUUGUCGGAGAUUGAGGCACGGUUGUCUCGCAUAAUCGUCGACCAUGUCAUGGCGAACCCGGAGGGUCAAUCGCCAGGUUUCGACUCGGUGGAAGUGGUUCGCGGUUGCCGGAUAAUCAAAUGUGAUGACCAGUACUCAUUGCAUUUCCUGACAAAAGCGAUUGGCGAAAUUCAGAGCAGCUGGGAUGGCUUGAGGCUCAAGCUCAUUCCAGCUAGCGAGAUACCACGAAUGCCGAGGGCUCGCAUCUGGAUACCAAACGUGGAGUUUGAAGCCAAUCAGUUGAUUCCCUAUCUCCAGGCUCACAACCGCGCAGUGCCGAUGGCCGAUUAG